AUGGGUCCCAGGCCCCCUGAGAACCGGAAGGGAGGCUGGGCUGAGUUGCCUCCUAGAGACCCAAUCCCAGCAGAGUCCCAGCUCUUUCUGCCUCCCUUUCUCCACAUCCACCCCUUGGAGCCCCUACAGUUUCCAUGCUGGACCCUGCAGCUGGCCACUCUGCACGUCAGCUUUGGUGGCUUACAUGUGGAGGGCCAUGCCUACCUUCUGCCAGGCCACCUGGAGCACCUCAAGGCCAUUGAGGCCAAACAGAAAGAGCCAGCUCCAAAGCUCCUGCCACAUCCAGAGCCAGAGCCAGAGCCAGAACCAGCCCCUGUGCUAGAGUCAUCUCCAGCUCCAGCCCCACCACCCGUGGCAGAGCUGGAGCCAGCGUCACCUGCAUCGGACCCUACAGGGCUGGAGGAAGGGCCACCAUUAACUUCAGCCCCAGUGCCAGCUCCUGAACUAGAGCCCACUGGACCCUGGGCCGUGACCGCCGAAAACCAGCUGAGGGAGGAGAAGCUGAACAUCUUGGACUUCCCUCCCCGGCUGGUGGCAGAGCAGCUGACAAGGAUGGAGGCGGAGCUGUUCAAGAAAUUGGUGCCUGCCCACUGCCUGGGCUCCAUCUGGUCCCAGCGAGACAGCAGGGACCACAAGUACCUGGCACCCACCAUCCGUGACACUGUGGCACACACGAACACCUUGGCCAACAGUGUCAUCGCUACAUGCCUUGGGGCCCUGGGCAUGACAGCGCAGGACAGGGCCAGGAUGGUGGAGCUGUGGAUUCAUGUGCCCAAGCUAAAAAUCCUUGUGCCUGACAGUGUUACUCCUCAGGUCCCAGGUGUGUCCUCCCUGGGUUUCCUGGGCAUCUGUCUCAUCCAGAACAGGAGAAGUCCAUGA